AUGUCUCGUCAGUCCGUGUGCUUUGGGGUCGGAGGCAGGAAAGGAUUCAGCUCCUGCUCCGCCGUCGGAGGAGGAUUUGGGGGCGGCGGCGGCCGGAGCAGGAUCAGCUACAGCUCCUUCUCCUCGUGUCGGGGAGGAGGAGGAGGAGGAGGAGGAGGAGGGUGCGGGGGCUUCAGCAGCAGGAGCCUGCACAGCGGGGGGAGCAGCAGGAGGGUGGCCAUGGGGGGCUGUUACGGGGGCGGCUAUGGGGGCAGGAUGGGCGGCUUCGGCGGCGGGAUGAGCUGCGGAGGGAUGGGAAUGGGAAUGGGGGGCUUUGGUGGCGGAAUGGGCGGCGCUGGAGGGAUGGGGGGCUUUGGUGGCGGGAUGGGAAUGGGUGGUGGCGGAGGAAUGGGCGGCUUUGGUGGCCCCGGGUUCCCCGGCCCCGGGAUCCAGCCCGUGCAAAUCGAUCCCACCCUGCUCCGGCCCGUCCACGUGGAGAUCGACCCCCAGAUCCAGCAGGUGAAAACCCAGGAGAAGGAGCAGAUCAAGACCCUGAACAACCAGUUCGCCUCCUUCAUUGACAAGGUCCGAUUCCUGGAGCAGCAGAACAAGGUGCUCUCCACCAAGUGGGAGCUGCUGCAGCAGCAGGGGCCGUCGGGGCCGAGGAAGGACCUGAGUGUGAUCUUUGAGAACUACAUCCAGAACCUGAGGAGGCGGCUGGAGAACCUGCUGGGGCAGCGGGGGCAGCUGGAGUCGGAGCUGCAGAACAUGCGGCAGUACGUGGAGGAGUACAAGAGCAAGUACGAGGAGGAGAUCAACCGGCGCACGGCGGCCGAGAACGAGUUCGUGGUGCUGAAGAAGGACGUGGACUGUGCCUACAUGACCAAGGUGGAGCUGGAGGCCAAGGUGGGAGCUCUGACAGACGAAAUCAACUUCCUGAGGUGCAUCUACGAGGAGGAGCUGGCCCAGAUGCAAACCAUCAGCCGGGACCUGUCC